AGUGUCAGCAGCCGCAGCCAGAGCCCAGACCAUGGGCUUCUCUGGGGUUGUGGCAGCCUGGGGGCUUCUGGAUUACAAGACGGAGAAGUAUGUGAUGACCAAGAACUGGCGGGUGGGCGUCCUGCAGAGGCUGCUGCAGCUAGGCAUUGUGGUCUACGUGGUGGGGUGGGCCCUCCUUGCCAACAAUGGCUACCAGGAGCGAGACCUCGACCCCCAUGUUUCUGUCAUCACCAAACUGAAAGGGGUUUCUGUGACCCAGAUCAAAGAGAUCGGGAACCGGCUGUGGGACGUGGCCGACUUCGUGAAGCCGUCGCAGGGCGAGAACGUGUUCUUCUUGGUGACCAACUUCCUUGUGAUGCCAACCCAAGUCCAGGGCAGGUGCCCAGAGAACCCCGCCAUCCCGCUGGCUAGCUGCUGGGCCGAUGAGGACUGCCCUGAAGGGGAGACCGGGACGUUCAGCCACGGCAUUAAAACCGGCCAGUGUGUGGUUUUCAAUGGGACCCACAGGACCUGCGAGAUCUGGGGCUGGUGCCCCGUGGAGAGUGGCACCGUGCCCACGAGACCCCUGCUGGGCCAGGCUGAGAACUUCACCCUGUUCAUCAAAAACACCGUCACCUUCAGCAAGUUCAACUUCUCCAAGUCUAACGCCUUGGAGACCUGGAACGCCACCUACUUCAAGAGCUGCCGCUAUGACCCCCACUCCAGCCCCUAUUGCCCCGUGUUCCGCAUUGGCGACCUUGUGGCUCAGGCCGGAGGGACCUUCGAGGACCUGGCAUUGAUGGGUGGCGCGGUGGGCAUCAGCGUCCACUGGGACUGUGACCUGGACGUGGGGGGCUCCGACUGCUGGCCCCACUACUCCUUCCACCUGCAGGAACGGAGCUACAACUUCAGGACAGCCAGUCACUGGUGGGAGGCCUCAGGCGUGGAGGCCCGGAGCCUGCUCAAACUCUAUGGGAUCCGCUUUGACAUCCUGGUCACGGGGCAGGCAGGGAAGUUUGGGCUCAUCCCCACGGCCAUCACGCUGGGCACCGGAGUGGCUUGGCUGGGCGUGAUCACCUUCCUCUGUGACCUGCUGCUGUUGUACGUGGACAAAGAAGCCCAUUUCUACUGGAAGACAAAGAACGAGGAGGCAAAGGCCCUGAAGACAACCACCCACUCCUGA